UAGUGAGCAACGCGCAUGUAUGAUGCGGCAAACUUAAUAUUGAGUGUUACUUUUUGGCCCCACCAACUUUUAAAAUUUCUGUAUUUUUUUCCAUCUUUAUUCACAGCAUUCGAAUUAGCCAGCAUUUUUUAUUUACUCGAUGGAUGGCGUAGGUAACAGCACAAAUGAACACACCGAUACACAAGUGGGCGCCAACAUGACAGGAGCCGAACCACACCCAAACUCCCAACAAGCAGAGCAAACCGCUGCUACAGAGCCGCACCAUGUCCAACGAAACAAUGGCAACGGCAGCAGCGGGGCGAACGAGUUCAGCUGCAACAUUUGCUUUGACACGGCGACAGACCCGGUGCUGACCAUCUGCGGCCACCUUGCGACGUGCCCGGUGUGCAAGGCCGGGUGCGACAAGGAUAAGGUUAUUCCGGUACGAGAAGGACCCCGGUUGAAUCCCAACAUGCCUAACCGGCCCGCUGGCCAGCGCCCGCCGCCGCCGCCGCCGCGUCAACCCAGUCAGUUCUUUGGCUUUGAUCCGUUUGGAGUUCCCGGCAGCUUCCACUCAAUGGGCAUGGCGCGCACCAGAGUUGGCGGCGGCGGUGGGACUGUGUUUGUUGGCGGCUUGGGUUUGUUGCCCGCGCUCAUGGGCUUUUCGACCUUUUCUGGCGGAACUGCGCCCAGCAACGCAGCGCCCGGAGCAGCAGGUGGCACUACUCAGCCGGCCGGCCAGCAGUCGUUUGCAUCGCGUGUGUUCAUGAUGGUUGCCGCCAUGAUUCUGAUGAGCAUUAUUUUUUAUUGAAACUUUGCGCUCGGCUAAGAAAUAAAAGCCAUUUCCAGGCAUAUCUAUCUGAUGGAGUGCACGUGAGUAUAGUGGAUUGUUACAUCAUCGCGCUGUGCACUUUUUUUGGCAAGCCAAAUUGCGAAUUCCACC